AAUAAUGAGCAGAAGGACAAAACAAAUACUCGGUUCGUUGCUGCGGACCUUUUCGCUUUCAAUUGACGUGAAAUGAUGAAAUGAUGAUGGAAAAAAGUAAUGACCAGCAUUAUUCCUGUUCACAGACCCCCCGUAAUGCUUUGGAUUGAAAGCGUUUUGGAUCUUCGUAUGUUGCCCAAUCCAUUUCUUUCUUUCUUGUCUCUCUGUUCUAAUGGAGAUUCACUAAUAAUGGCUUUCCCUAAGCCUUUUACUCUCUCGCUCGUCUCGGUUGCGAUGUUCCUUUUGCAUGCCGUCGCCAGCGGGAUAAAGAUUCCAUCGACUUUGGACGGCCCGUUCGAGCCCGUGACGGUGCCGUUCGAUGCUAAUCUGCGUGGCAAUGCGGUUGAUUUGCCGGAAUCGGAUCCCAGGGUUCAGCGCCGCGUCAAGGGGUUCGAGCCCGAGCAGAUUUCGGUCUCCCUCUCCUCCCAUGACGACUCCGUUUGGAUCUCCUGGAUCACAGGUGAAUCACAAAUCGGUUACAACAUAAAGCCGUUAGACCCUAAAACUGUCUUGAGUGUUGUUCGUUAUGGAAACUUAAGAUAUCCACUGAUACAUGAAGCCACAGGAUAUUCUCUGGUCUACAGUCAGCUUUAUCCUUUUGAAGGUCUCCAAAAUUACACCUCUGGAAUCAUCCAUCAUGUUCGUCUCACAGGGUUGAAACCAAGCACACUAUACUAUUAUCGAUGUGGAGAUCCAUCUCUACCAGCCAUGAGUAAAAUCUACUCCUUCAGGACCAUGCCAGUUUCUCAUCCGAGGAGUUAUCCAGACAAAAUAGCAGUUGUUGGAGAUCUUGGUCUUACAUAUAAUACAACUACCACCAUCAGUCACUUGAUUCGUAAUAAACCUGAUCUUGUUCUAUUGGUUGGUGAUGUUACUUAUGCAAAUCUGUAUCUCACAAAUGGGACUGGCUCUGAUUGUUAUUCUUGCUCAUUUCCACAAACUCCCAUACAUGAGACAUAUCAGCCUCGUUGGGAUUACUGGGGAAGGUUCAUGCAGAAUUUAAUUUCUAAAGUUCCAAUAAUGGUGGUUGAAGGGAACCAUGAAAUAGAAGCACAAGCUGGAAGCCAGACAUUUUCUGCUUAUAGUUCUCGGUUUGCAUUCCCAUCUGAAGAAAGUGGGUCUUCAUCCACAUUCUAUUACUCCUUUAAUGUAGGUGGGAUACAUUUUGUCAUGCUUGGGGCCUAUAUUGCAUACAAUAGAUCGGGGGACCAGUACAAGUGGCUAGAGAGGGACUUGGCUAUUGUUGACAGAUCAAUAACUCCAUGGCUAGUAGCUGCUUGGCACCCACCUUGGUACAGUUCCUAUCGAGCCCACUAUAGAGAGGUAGAGUGUAUGAGGGUGGCGAUGGAAGAGUUACUUUACUCUUAUGGUGUUGACAUAGUCUUCAAUGGACAUGUACAUGCUUACGAGAGGUCAAAUCGAGUGUAUAACUACACUUUAGAUCCAUGUGGUCCCGUAUAUAUCACAGUUGGAGAUGGGGGUAAUCGAGAAAAGAUGGCAAUUAAACAUGCUGAUGAUCCUGGCAACUGUCCAGACCCGUUGACUACUCCAGACCAAUACAUUGGUGGCUUUUGUGCUACAAAUUUUACAUCUGGCCCAGCUGCUGGCAAGUUCUGUUGGGACCGCCAACCUGAAUACAGUGCCUUGAGAGAAAGUAGCUUUGGCCAUGGUAUCCUAGAGGUGAAGAAUGAAACUUGGGCCUUAUGGACAUGGUACCGAAAUCAGGACUCUUACAGUGAAGUUGGGGAUCAAAUCUACAUAGUAAGGCAACCUAGUGUGUGCCCUGUUUGUCAACAGAUACGUACUAGUUGGUUUGCAGCCAGUUAACUACAUUGCUAGAAAACUCACUGAAGUCUUCUCAUCACGAAAACAUGACAACUAACUGGCUUCUACCCUUUGUAUAGAUUAUGGAAAAGCCAAGAAAUUAUGGAUAUAAAGACUGAUACAAAAGUAUAGGAGUGGGUGGCAUCUUGUCAUUGUUGACAGGUUUCUGCCCAAUAUAUAACUAAAUACGCUUGAAAGAUGUAUUUUGUUCAUAGCUGUAUUUAAAUGGUAAAACACCUUGUUGUGUACAAGCCACUGUUGUCUUUUAACUAAAUCAAAUGGUCAAUGUAUUUACAUAGGCGAAAAAAAGGAAGUGAAAUAUUGAAAUA